CAUAUUAGUACGUUCAUACCUAGACAGGUAUGUUCAUACCCACAUGAGUUUGUUCAUACCUAGACAGGUAUGAUCAUACCCACAUGAGUACGUUCAUACCCAGACAGAUAUGUUCAUACCCACAUGAGUACGUUCAUACCCAGACAGRUAUGUUCAUACCCACAUGAGUACGUUCAUACCCAGACAGAUAUGUUCAUACCAAUAUGAGUACGUUCAUACCCAGACAGUAAGCCACUUGCUCACUCACCAUCUACUCGUGAUUUACUUGAUACCGGUACGAGUACGUGUAUUUUAUUACUGGCUCACAGAUAUUGGUCAUUAUUGUGACAAGUCAUUCUACUAGCAAUAACCUAGUUUUUGCACAGUAGUACAGUAAGUUUUUUUGGCCGCCGCCAUCCUUCAAAAAAAAAAACAAAGGCGGCGGCCGCAACCAAUAUGCAAAUACCGGUACGUUUGGAACAACAACUACGAUUACGAGUUUUUUCUUUCAGCAAUACGUAAGGAGCGCGUGGUAGUUGGGAGUGCGGAUCUUUUUCGCGACAAAAUGCUCCGCUCUUUUUUUGUUUUUUUGUCGCAAGUCCUCCUAAGCACGACUUUUCUUGAAGGCUCGACUAGUCGAUAUUAUCCCGAAUUCCUCGACCUCGCACCCAUCAAAACAGCAACAGUGAUGCAUGGUCCUUCUCACAAGAAAAAUACUUAGACGACCACAACCACCAUGAUAUUUUAUCACACUGACCGAUCAUCUCUGUCACUCCUAAUUUUCUUUCUCGCAACGCUGYUGCUGCUCAUGGCAGAUCUCAUCAUUGCGAACGAAGGGUCAGAUGAAUGUUCCAAAUUUAAGGCACCGAACAACGACACAGACGAAUAUCUCGUUAAGGAAUGGAAGGCUGCCGACGACACGCUCUGGAAAUACGUCAACGAAAAAGUCCCUGAAGUUCUUGAGCACACAGGAAGCGCUGCCUUUGAUGAGCAUUUGAAGGGAGUCCAGGCCGUUUUGAGAUAUUGGGGUUCGCCGGUGCAUUUAACCAACGCUGGACUUUUCCAUAGCAUAUACGGUACCGAAGGAUUCCAGGGGUUCUCUCUCCCACUCAGUGAACGAUCGGCUAUAAAAGAGUUGAUAGGAGAAAAGGCAGAAAAGUUAKCCUACGUAUUUUGCAUGGUGGAUCGGUCGACUGUUGACGAAACAGUGUUUGCCUGGAAAGAAGAAGAUUCUAUGUCGAAUGCAUCUAUUUAUAGCUUUCGAGCUAGGCCCGAACUGGGACGCUUCGACAUUACUCUGAAUAAAGAAGAAUGGCUUGACUUUAUAGAGUUGUCACUCGCCGACUGGCUWGAGCAGGUAGAAGGUGCAGCSACCAAACCAAAUCCACUAUUCCUYUGGGAAAAAGGAGAAGCCUAUGCCUAUAGGAGGCUGGCCUAUCGAAAAAUGAAUGAAAUUCUAAGYGUGGAACGGAAGGAACGAUUGGGAAGCAGACCACGAAAAACCCUUGAGGCCGUCAUGUCCACUGAGCCCUCAGAGACAAGGCACUUGGUGCAAGCUCGAAAUCCCCCGGUUUCGGCUGCUGCCGCACUAGCUCUCGACGCCUURAGGGCAAACGGAGAAAAUAUUCCCAUCGAUUUGAGACCACAACCAAGUAGUGGCGAAACGUUUCCUGGAACCCUGAAUGAACUGUAGUUUCUCGUCAUAGUUUUUUAUGAAUAUCCAAGUAACAAGUAAGUAUCAACCCUGAUAUMGAUUGGAUAUUAU